CAUCCAUUAUGGCUGCCUCCUUAUACAAAGUUAAUCUGACUUCACGAAAUGGUUGCUUAUGCCAUUGUUAUAGAUCAUUAAACCAUAUUGCCGCCGUAAAUUUUCUAUCGACAAAUAAAAAAAACCUUGGAUGUGUUUAUACCACGUGUACACUCAGAUACAGCAGCUAUGCCACCAAGAAAGACACUACAUCACCCAUGUCCAAGACAUUUAGCUCUAAGGAAAUCCAAAAUGGCUGGUACGAGUGGUGGGAACAGCAAGGCUACUUCAGGCCUCGUAUGGGAGACGGAGAAACAUUUUCUUUGCUGCUCCCACCCCCCAAUGUGACGGGGAAUCUGCAUUUAGGUCACGCACUGACUUGUGCAGUACAAGACGCCAUUGUCAGGUGGCACAGGAUGAAAGGCCACAAGACACUCUGGAUACCAGGAACUGACCACGCUGGCAUCGCAACUCACGCAGUCGUAGAGAGAAAACUUUUAAGAGAGACUGGGAAAAGCAGGCAUGAUAUAGGACGGGAAAAGUUUCUCCAGGAGAUCUGGAAGUGGAAGGAACGGCAUGGCCACGUCAUCAGUCAGCAAUUGAAAACUUUGGGCAUGUCUCUUGAUUGGUCAAAAGAAUAUUUUACAAUGGAUGAGGCCUUAAACUCAGCAGUUACACAAGCCUUUUGUAUCCUCUAUGACAAAGGGCUAAUCUAUAGAGACAAGCGAAUGAUCAACUGGUCUAGUGCAUUAAGGUCAUCUCUCUCUGAUAUUGAGGUUGACAAUGUGACAGUUGAAGGGCCAACAGUGCUCAAAGUUCCAGGCGUGGAGGGGGGUGUUGAGGUGGGUGUCUUAGCCCACUUUGCCUACCCUGUAGCUGACUCAGAGGAGCGGCUAGUGGUGGCCACCAGUAGACUUGAAACCAUGUUGGCCGACACAGCUGUGGCCGUGAACCCCGCAGAUGGCCGCUUCACUCAUCUGAUUGGGAGGAGGUUGGUCCACCCUUUGGUCAAAGAUAGACUCAUCCCUGUCAUAGCCGACUCUUUUGUGGACAUGAAUUUUGGGACAGGUGCUGUUAAAAUUACCCCUGGUCAUGACCCAGUGGAUUAUGAAGUUGGCAGACGUCAUAAUCUACCUGACAUUGACAUGUUCAAUGAUGACGGCACUGUAAAGAUGGGAUUACCUCUGGUUGGUGGACAAAACAGAUUUCUAGCUCGUCAGACAAUCAAAGAGGCUCUGUCUGUGUUGGGACUCUAUUGCGGUCAGAGUGGUCACGCUACAACGAUUCCUGUAUGUAGUCGAUCAGGAGAUAUUGUUGAGCCAAGACUAAAAGAUCAGUGGUUUCUGGACUGUAGGAGCUUGUCACAGAGGGCUAUACAGGUUGUGGAGUCGAAGCAGCUGAAGAUUUUCCCAGACUACAACAAAGCCAUUUGGUCAGAGUUUCUUAACAAAACUAUGGACUGGUGCUUGUCCAGACAACUUUGGUGGGGACACAGGAUACCUGUCUACACCUGCACAGCCAGCAAACAAAGAACGUGUGCCAUGUCAGAAGAAGAGGCCAAGAAAAAACUCAAUUCUUCAUCCGUUACUCAAGAUGAAGAUGUUCUAGAUACCUGGUUCUCCUCCUCCUUGCUGCCCUUUACUAGCCUUGGCUGGCCCCAACAGACUCUGGAUCUGGAGCAGUAUUUCCCUCAGCAGAUGUUGGAGACUGGCCAGGACAUUAUGUUUUUCUGGGUUGCCAGGAUGGUCAUGAUGAGUUUAGAACUUACAGGGAAAUUACCAUUUCAUGAGAUUCUCCUUCAUGGUAUGGUGAGAGACUCCCAAGGUCGCAAGAUGAGCAAGUCAUUAGGAAAUGUCAUCGACCCUCUUGAUGUUGUUCAUGGAAUCACACUCGAGGCCUUGAACCGACGUCUUGAAGAUGGUAACUUUGACCCCAGGGAGGUGAGCGUGGCUAGAGAAGGACAGCGCAAAGAAUUUCCAAAUGGCAUCGCAGCUUGUGGGGUUGAUGCUCUCAGAUUCACUCUUUGUUCCUACAACUUCAAAAACAUGAAUGUCAACUUUGAUGUGAUGAACGCAGAAAGCAAGAUGAGGUUCUGCAACAAGAUCUGGCAGUCUUUCAAGUUUAUUUUCUCUAAGCUGCCUGCGGACUUCUCCUCGCCCCCAAAACUUGAGCUGACCGGUGCGGAGGACGGCACUGACCUCUGGGUCUUGAGUCGACUGAGUCACCUGGUCAAAGUCUGCAACAGUUCCUUCCUGUCACAUGACCUUCAUCACGCUGUUGGAGCUCUCCAGUACUUCUGGUACCAGGAAUUGUGUGACGUUUACCUGGAGGCAGUAAAGCCAGUGUUUAAUGGAGCAGACGUGAGACAUCAGGAGACCGUCCAACACAUUCUCUAUCAUUGUGCCGAGACCUUUGUACUGGCUGCUGCACCUUUCAUGCCAUUCCUGUGUGAGGAACUUUUCCAAAGGCUGCCUGCCAGACAGGGGAGGGCAGAGAGUAUUUGUGUGGCACCUUACCCACAGCCAGAGCAGUUCACCUGGUACAACUGUUACCUGGACACAUCAAUGGCCAAAGUUGAAGAAAUUGUCAACCACGCUCUCAGGCUGAGGAAAGAUUACAGCAUCAUGGGCACCAGGUCUAAAUUGUACAUCCAGUCAGACAGUGUGGAGUAUGUUGAGCUUCUGGCCCACCAUGGAACUUGUCUGCAGGCGUUGUCUAGAAGUGAUCAUGUCACACUAGUUGGAACAGCCACACCUCUCCAGGGAUGUGCAUCAGUCUUUGUGACCCCCGACCUCAGUGUGCUGGUUGACCUCAAGGGAUGUCCACUAGACAUUGCUAAAGAAGUGGACCGGCUAAAAAACAAAGUCUUCAAACUAGAGAAUGAAAAAAGUCAAGUGCAUGAAAAGUUGGUUAAAAUCAUCUCCAAAAACAGGGGAGACACACCUCAAGCACUGAGGCUACAAAGUAAGAUAGCAUCUUUGGACACUGACAUAAAAAGCAUGUCUGCAAUGAUGGAUACUUUCUUACAGCAGAGCAAUGUUGUGGAAUAGUUCUAGACUAGCUUGGCGCAGUCCUGGUUCAAGCAGCAGACCCAGUAGUUUGCCAAUUAUAUUCACUCAUGUUGGCUAACAUCUGGUUUUGUGCCACUGAUGACAGAAUUGGAAUCAGCACUUGUACAUCUGCUUUCAUUGAUCAAGUAAACUGGGAACUUGUACAGCAGUUUUUUUUAAUGUAAAUGUUUAUCAAUUGGAUAAUAAAUUUAUUCCAAAA